AGUUGCGGUCAAGCAGCGCUGUUUAUUACCGCUAGGGAUUGUUAGUCACAUCGGCAGCCUAGCAACCCGCCCACAGCUGUUCUCGACGAGUCUUCCAGGGGACACCUUCCACCUUCCUCUCUUCCCUCUUCCCUCUUCCUUCUCGGCACCCCGCUCCCAACCAUGCUCUCUGCCAGUGCUGUUGCCCUCCGGGCGGGCGCCCGCCGCACCGUCCGCCGCGUGCCCCUCCGGUCUCGUGCGCCCGCCCUCUCCGCCGUGCCCGGCGCCGUCCGCCGCCACAGACCAUUCUCCACGUCCGCUGCCCGGACCGCCGACCUCAGCACCCGGGCCAUGAUCGUGCAGACCCUGUCGUCCGUCGGCUCCAAGCGCGAGGUCCAGCAGUAUCUCUCGUUGUUCACUUCCGUCUCGUCCCAGCGCUUUGCCGUCAUCAAGGUCGGCGGCGCCAUUCUCACCGACUACCUCGACGAGCUCUGCUCGAGCCUGGCUUUCCUCUACACCGUCGGCCUCUACCCCGUCAUCGUCCACGGCGCCGGGCCACAGCUCAACACCCUGCUCGAGCAGGCCGGCGUCGAGCCCCAGUUCGAGGAGGGCAUCCGCGUGACCGACGCCAAGACGCUGCGCGUGGCUCGUGAUCUGUUCCUGCGGGAGAACAUGAAGCUGGUCGACAAGCUGGAGGAGAAGGGCGUGCACGCGCAGCCCCUGACGACCGGCAUGUUCAGGGCAGAGUACCUGAACAGGGACAAGUGGGGCUACGUGGGCAAGAUCACGGGCGUGAACAAGCAGUCGAUCGAGACGGCCAUCAACAACGGCUACCUGCCGAUCCUCACCUCCAUGGCCGAGACCGACGACGGGCAGAUCCUCAACGUGAACGCCGACGUCGCUGCCGCCGAGCUGGCGCGUGCGCUGCAGCCCCUGAAAGUCGUGUACCUGUCCGAGAAGGGUGGCCUGUUUGAUGCGGCCGGCCAGAAGAUCUCGGCCAUCAAUCUGGACGAGGAGUAUGAGCACCUCAUGUCGCAGCCCUGGGUCAAGUACGGCACCAGGCUAAAGAUCAAGGAGAGCAAGGAGCUGCUGGAUACCCUGCCGCGGUCGUCUAGUGUCGCCAUCAUCCACCCAGAGCAGCUGCAGAAGGAGCUGUUUACCGACUCGGGCGCUGGCACGCUCAUCCGCCGCGGCAGCAAGCUGCUUUCGGCCACGAGCCUAUCCGAGUUCAAGGACCUGGACGCGCUCAAGGCGGUGCUCGUCCGGGAUCGUGACGGCCCGAAUGCGAUGGCCGCCGUGGACAAGUACCUCGAAUUCCUGGGCCAAAAUGACUUCAAGGCGUACUACGACGACGCCAUGAAUGCGCUCGCCAUCGUGCUACCUGCCAGCAACGGCCGCCAAGCUACGCUCGCCACGCUGACCAUCACCAAGUCUGGCUGGUUGACGAACAUCGCCGAUAACAUCUUCACUGCCCUCCGCAAAGACCACCCCCAGCUCGUCUGGACCGUCAAGGAGGACGACGAGAACCUGGGCUGGUUCUUCGACAAGGCCUCGGGCAGCGUCACGAACAACGGCAGCGUAAUGUUCUGGUACGGGAUCGACAAUACCGACGAGGUCUUCCAGUUGAUGAAGGACUUCGCUGAGCACGGCAGAGCCAUGCUUGGCGACUCGAAUCUCGAGUCCCGGCUGCACCGCGCUGCGACGAGUGGCGCGAAUCCGGCGGCCCAGCAGGUUCGAGCAUACUCGACUCUCGCUCGCCGGCCGGUCCUCGCGGCCCCCCGCUUUGGCGGCCAGGCCUCCAGCGGCAGGACGUUCGUCACCCAAACCAACCCCAACCCGCCGAUCGGCAAGAAGAACGCAUCCAAGUCCCAGCCCGCCAGGAUAGCGCUCAUCGGUGCCCGCGGCUACACGGGCCAGGAGCUGAUCCGCCUGCUCGACUCGCACCCCAACAUGGACCUCCGCCACGUUUCGUCGCGUGAGCUCGCGGGCCAGAAGCUCGCAGGUUACGACAAGCGGGAAGUCAUCUACGAGAACCUCAGCCCCGAGGACGUGCGCGACAUGGAACGCCGAGGCGAUAUCGACUGCUGGGUCAUGGCGCUGCCCAACGGCGUGUGCAAGCCGUUCGUCGAGGCCGUCUAUGAGGGCCGCAAGGGCUCAAACCACAAGAGCGUCAUCGUCGACCUCUCGGCCGACUACCGCUUCGACAGCACCUGGACGUACGGCCUGCCGGAGCUCGUCCCGCGCGAGCACAUCACGCAGGCCACGCAGAUCGCCAACCCGGGCUGCUACGCUACCGCCGCGCAGCUCGGCAUCGCGCCGCUGGUGCCCCACCUCGGCGGCAUGCCGCACGUCUUCGGCGUCUCGGGCUACUCGGGCGCGGGCACCAAGCCGUCGCCCAAGAACGACGUCGCCCUGCUGACCGACAACAUCAUCCCGUACAGCCUGACGGGCCACAUCCACGAGCGCGAGGUCAGCACGCAGCUGGGCGCACAGAUCGCCUUCGUGCCGCACGUCGCCGUCUGGUUCCGCGGCAUCCACCACACCAUCUCCAUCCCGCUCGCCAAGACCAUGACGUCGCGCGACAUCCGCCAGAUCUACCAGGACCGCUACGCCGGCGAGAAGCUGGUCAAGGUCGUCGGCGAGGCGCCCCUUGUCAAGAACAUCAGCGGCAAGCACGGCGUCGAGAUCGGCGGCUUCGAGGUCGACAAGUCCGGCCGGCGCGUCGUCGUCUGCGCCACCAUCGAUAACCUGCUCAAGGGCGCCGCCACCCAGUGUCUGCAGAACAUGAACCUCGCCCUGGGCUAUGCCGAGUACGAGGGUAUUCCGGUCAUGUAAAUGACCCCCCUCCUUUUGUUUCGCGAUACAGUGGUACAGUAAAAAUGGGACGAAAAACAACGGUACAUAUAUCCGCUCGGUCACGGCUUGAUGGAUGCGGGGUCCAGGCGCUGGUUAGCGGGCUUCUUCCUGCUUUCUUUUCUUUGUUUCCCUUCUUUCUUUCUUUUCCCCCCUUUUGUUCCUCGAUGUCGGC